UUUCCGGUAACGCCGGAAGUGGAGCGGGGAGGGUUGCUGGGCGUCUCCAGGCGGAAGUGGAGCUGUCGGAGGCGGCGGGGAGCAGUGCGGAGGUGAGCCGGAGAAGGAGCCGCGCCCUGAGCGACUCCGCGAGCAGGUGCUGAGAGAUGACAGAGCUGCAGAGCCUAGUUGAGCGACUGGAGAACGCUGUGGGACGGCUGGAGACGAUGUCUUGUGGUCCUGGUGUGCACGGUAGCCAUGGGGACAGCCCUGCGAAAGGAGUCGCUAAGUACGUGCAAGCUUUUGAUGAGCUCUUGGCAGGUCCAGUGGCUGUGUACAUGAAGAUCAGCAAAGAAAUUGGCAGCGAAGUCCAAAAACAUGCUGAGAUGGUCCAUGCUGGGUUGAUGACAGAGAGGACUCUCCUGGUGACAGCGUCUCAGUGUCAACAGCCCAUAGCAAGUAACUUCUCAGUCUUGUUGAAGCCAAUAUCAGAUCAGAUCCAAGUGGUCCAGAACUUCAGAGAGAAGAACCGUGGCAGCAAAUUCUUCAACCAUCUCUCAACAGUUAGCGAAAGCAUCCCUGCACUAGGCUGGGUCGCCAUGGCCCCGAAGCCAGGCCCUUAUGUGAAGGAAAUGACAGAUGCCGCCAUGUUUUAUAGCAAUCGGGUCCUCAAAGAAUAUAAAGAUGUUGAUAAGAAGCAUGUGGACUGGGUGAAAGUUUAUCUCAGCAUCUGGACUGAGCUGCAGGCAUACAUCAAGCAGUAUCACACCACUGGACUCACCUGGAGCAAAACGGGACCUCAGCCAACUGGUGCAGAAAACGGAUCUCGGGCUCCUGCUCACAAUGCCCCACCGCCCCCUCCCCCCGGCCCCCCUCCCCCUCCGGCUCCUGCCUCCCCAGAUUCCAGCUCAGAUGCCUCUGCCUCCCGCUCAGCGCUGUUUGCUGAGAUCAACCAGGGAGAAGCCAUCACUUCUGGCUUGAAACACGUGUCUGAUGACAUGAAGACCCACAAAAACCCAUCGCUGAAAAGCCUGGGGGGCCCUGUGCGAACGGGGCCCAAGCCCUUCAUGGCUCCCAAGCCUGCCUGUGGGGCAAAUGUCUCCCCCAAGCUGCCUGCAAAGAAGGACCCUCCUGUGCUGGAGUUGGAAGGCAAGAAAUGGAGAGUGGAGAACCAAGAGAAUGCCUCCAACCUGGUGAUCAGCGACACAGAGCUGAAGCAGGUGGCCUAUGUCUACAAGUGUGUGAAUAGUACACUCCGUGUCAAAGGCAAGAUCAACUCCAUCACGCUGGAUAACUGUAAGAAACUUGGGCUGGUGUUUGAUGAUGUGGUGGGCAUUGUCGAGAUCAUCAACAGCCGAGAUACUCAAAUUCAGGUCAUGGGUAAAGUGCCAACCAUAUCCAUCAACAAGACAGACGGUUGUCAAGUCUACUUGAGCAAGAACUCCCUAGACUGCGAGAUUGUUAGUGCCAAGUCCUCAGAGAUGAACGUUCUUGUUCCAACAGACAACGGUGACUUUAACGAAUUCCCCAUCCCCGAACAAUUCAAGACGCAGUGGAACGGGCAGAAGCUGGUCACCACGGUGACAGAAAUUGCCGGAUAAGAUGGCCUGAUGCUCCACGACCUCCCCUCUCUCUACCAUCACUGUGGGACAAAAAUGCUUUCUGGGGGCUGGCUUUUAGAUUCCCCGUCCCAUUUUUCAACUCUCAGUCUGCUUCUGUCUUCUGGAAGACUUCCCUCCCUCCCUUCGCUGAAAAUACCUCAGGCUGGGUUUGGGGUAGGUUGGCCAGUUCAUCCCAUUCUUUCUCUUGACUGGCAGGAAGGUGUGGCAUUCACCCCUGGGCCAGGCAAAACCCGUAUCAAUAAAGGUGUCCAACGGGCAUCGAGGCGUUUUGCUCCCUGCCUUCGCUUAAAUGAGGACCGUUGUCCAGGGGGAGAAGAAAAAAGUCUCCACCAGGAUAUGGUGCCCCCCCCCAUGAUAGAUGUGUGAAGUAUGCUUAAUAGGCAUAAUUUGGGGAAGUCCAAGGAAGUUCAUUCCACUCAAUCUCACCAAGGGAUGCUGAGAAUAGCUUUGCUGGACCAAAGGCUGAAAACUGGGAUGUGUAACAUUCCUUCUCCCCUGACUAUUCCCCCCUUCCUGUGUUGUCCGUGUAAAUUCUGUGUUGUGCCACGAUGUUGGGGGGGGGGGAGACUGCCCGGGUACAGGUGCCACAAGAUUACCGUGAAACAGAUCCUCCUUUCUGGGAAUCUGACCUGCGGCUAGAAAGCUGCCCCUCGACCACUUCCACCCAAGCCCUCUUGCAAAGGGAAAGUUGUGCCCCAAAGGCCUCUUUUGAACAACUGAACGCUGUUCCAUCUUCCAGGACAGUUUUUUUCCCCAGAACCCGUAUCUCCCCCCCACUCCCUGCCCAGGGCAGGAUUAAUUCUCCAUUCCAAGAGUAUUAAAUUAUUUGUAAGCACAACUCCAUGGCAUUUUGGUUCUGUUGCUCACUGGUGCUCAUUAGCCCCAUAGUAUUUGGGCAACCCCCCCACCCCCGCUUUAGCUAGCUGUCCCCCUCCCUGCUGCUUCUCUGCAGAAAGUCUUGUGUCACACAGCACUCUGGCAGUCGUGCCCAGAGUGAAGGCGUGGUACUGUCACAGCUCACCAAAGGGGGCUGCCUGUCUUAAUUGUAGUAAUGCGAAUCCUCUCUUCCCCUCUUUUGCCACGUUUUGAGUUCUCCACUUGAAAAUUAACAGAAGAUAUGCAACUCUUUAUUUUGAAACUGUCCUGUGACUUGUACUUCUCUCCUGAGGCUUGUGGAAAUAAAAACCUUUCUUAUGUACUUAAAAUCAUACUGAAGAUAGAAUAAAGUUAAUGCCAAGUUGCUCAUAAA